CUCGGCUUUGUGGGCUGGGCUUUAUUUGUCGUAAUGUUGGUUGGAUAAGAGGAAGCAAUAUUUUCCCCACAAUUCAGACACCGACACGGACUAUCGGCUGGUCGUUUUUUUCCCACCUAGAGACCGAGGAAACUAAACCAUUUUGCCCGUUUUUAGGCGAGUGUUAGCGGCGGGACAGAUGUCCAUGAUGAUGGAAAUGGAGGUGAUGCAUUCCGGCCAACAGAACAUGGACCUGAUCGACAUCCUGUGGAGGCAGGACAUCGAUCUGGGCGCCAGGCGCGAGGUGUUCGACUACAGCCACCGCCAGAAGGAGUACGAGCUGCAGAGGCAGCAGGAGCUGGAGAAGGAAAAGAAACUGCACCUCCUCCGGGAGAAGGAGAAGGCCCUGCUGGCACAGCUGCAGCUCGACGAAGAGACUGGAGAGUACGUGCCUCGUCCUCUGCCCAGCGCCCCUCUGCAGUCUGCCGCCACGCCUCUGGAGAUCACACAGGAUGUCAGCUUCACACAGCAGAACACAGAGACUUUGUCAUUUGACGAGUGCUUGCAGAUCCUUGCAGAGACGUUUCCCGUAGAGGAAACUGAGGAUGCUUCAGUCCGACUGGACGCGACUGCAACUGCUUCGACAGACUGCAGCAGCAGCAGCGUCGUCAUGAUGUCCCCCGAGCAGCCAUCUUUGCCCUCACUCGCGCUUUCGCCUGCACCCCAGCCGCAGAGGAUGUCGCUUGAUAUGGAGCAGGCCUGGAUGGAGCUGCUGUCUCUUCCCGAGCUGCAGCAGUGUCUGAGCCAGCAAAUGGAGGACACACUGGAGAUUGCAAGCUAUCCAGCGGUUGAAGCACAGGAUCCAAACUAUACCUUUUACCCAAUGUCCAGUCUUGCAGAAAAGGACAAAAACACUUUGAAUGAUUUUAUCCACGAAUUUGAUGGCUCAGUCUCCAGUGUGGCCCCACCGGACAACCUGAGCCAAAUCAAGGCAGAAGCUCCCCCGUUAAACACCAAUUUCAGCCUUAAUAGUUUCAGCAGCAGUUUUUACCCCGCCACCAUGUUGGAGGAGAGCGCCGGUCAGCCAGACCUGGAGGGAGACGAGUGCAACAUCAUGUCUGAUGUCCAAAACUUGUACAGCCUGUCCCCCGGCGACGCAUUUGAGCGAGGCAGACGCAACAUGUCUUCAGAAGUUCCGGAUGUCGACUCUGGACUGUCUUCAAGUACAAGUCCUCACACUUUCUCACCCGGGAAAUCUCUUUACGGAGAUGAGGGCUUUGGUUACAGUGAUUCCGACUUGGAAGACAUGGACCAGAACCCCGGCAGUGCAGAAUCCGACUACUCCGAGAUGUUCUCAUUGAAUUUUCAACCUGACGACGUUCAGCACGUCGUGCCUCUGUCCACGUUAGUGGGCCAGCCUCAGAGCCAGACGGACAAGCUCCCCAAGCUGGAGAAGAUGGAGCCGGCCGAGGAGAGCGGCCACAAUUCCGCCCCCUUCACCAAAGACAAGCGCAAGAGAAGCUCAGAUGUGCGUCUCUCGAGAGACGAGCAGAGGGCCAAGGCCCUUGAGAUUCCCUUCACCGUCGAAAUGAUCAUAAACCUUCCCGUUGACGACUUCAAUGAGCUGAUGUCCAAAAACCAGCUGAACGAGGCCCAGCUGGCCCUGGUCCGAGACAUCCGCCGGCGUGGCAAGAACAAAGUGGCGGCCCAGAACUGCCGUAAGCGCAAGAUGGAGAACAUUGUGGGGCUGGAGCACGACCUGGACUCGCUCAAGGAGGAGAAGGAGCGCCUGCUGGGCGAGAAGCUGCGUAACAUGAGCGGCCUCCGAGAGAUGAAGAGGCAGCUGAACAGCCUCUACCUGGAGGUGUUCAGCAUGCUACGAGACGAGUCCGGCAACGCCAUCUCCCCGUCCGACUUCUCGCUGCAGCAGUCCACCGAAGGCAGCGUCUUCCUCGUCCCUCGCACUAAAAAGACUUUUAUCAAGAGCUAAGACCGCCUCUUCAGACCUUUCGUGUGGCGAGGUACUGCGUCCAUGUAGUAGCACUAUGCAAUAACUUCCUCAGCUUUACGCGUCACUAGAACUAUUGUAUAGUUUCUUUCUUCUCCUGUUGUAAUAUUUUUGAUAUUUUAUCUCUUUUGUACUCUUCAUAUUCUAUACCCGAUUCUUUGUACAUAGGCAUUACAUACAUUUGAGAUGAAUGCAAAUGUUACUGUAAGUGUAAAUAUACUGUAUAGAUAUUGUUUCUGUAUGUUUUAUAACUAGACCCUAUGAUUUGCUGCGCAGGUUCUUUGUGCUUUUCAAUAAACCCUUCCUAAAGCUAUACGGCCCCCCUACUUGAAACAGAUGGAUGCCAGAUGUAUAUACAGUACAGUCGAAGAUGGGUUGUCCAAACUUUUUCCAGCGAGGGCCACAUAGUGGGCAAAGACUGCAUAACACUAGUAGUAGGAGGAAUUUCGGUCUUGGCUCUUGCGUUUUCUUCUUUUCAAAUAAUCUUUAAGUUUUGUUAUUUACAUUUCAUAACAUUAUUUCUUUUAAUAUGUCCACUCUGCUACUAAUGAUAUUUUUCCUCAUAAUAUUACAGGUUUAUGCUUGUAAAAUUGCAACUUUUUUUCUCGUUAGAAUACGACUUUUUUUUCUUAAUAUUUUUGACUUCAUUCUCAUAAAACUUACAGCUGUUUUUUCCCCAUGUUUGCCUUUUUUUAAAUUUUCCAAAUAUUUCAACUUUAUUCUCAAAUAUUAGAUUUUCUUGGUUAUACAGUCAUGGAAAAAAUUAUUACAUCACCCUUGUUUUUUCAGUUUCUUGUUCAUUUUAAUGCCUGAUACAACGAAAGGUACCUUUGUUUAGACAAAUACAACAAUAAUAAAAAUAGCUCAUAAGAGUUACAAAAUUUUUCAAGAAAACCAUUUAUUCAAGAAAAGCAUGGAAGUUGCUGGAUAUCAGCUCUUAAAUUCAACUCUUAUGAUCUAUAUGUGUUAUCAUCAUUAUAUUUGUCCAAACAAAUGUACCUUUAGUUGUACCAGGCAUUACAAUGGAUCAAUAAACUAAAACAAGGGUGGUCUCGUGAUGUAUUUUGACUUUAUUCACAUAAUAUUUUUGCUUUAGUCUUGUAAAAUGACAGCCGUUUUUUUUCCCCCUUUUGCAUUAAAAAAAAAAAAUUUCAACUUCAUUCUCAAAUAAUCUGACAUUCCAUCCAUGCCGCGCCACUUAUCUUCACUAGGGUCUCGGGGGUAUGCUGGAGCCUAUCCCAGCUGACUUUGGGCGAGAGGCGGGGUACACCCCGGGCUGGUGGCCAGCCAAUCACAGGGCACAUAUAGACAAACAACCAUUCACACUCACAUUCAUACCUAUGGACAAUUUAGAGUCGCCAAUUAACCUAACAUGCAUGUUUUUGGAAUGUGGGAGGAAACCGGAGUACCCGGAGAAAACCCAAACUCCAGAAAUUUUCUUGAUUAUAGUUUGAUUUUAUUCCCUUAACUUUUUCCCCAACCUCAUUUGCUUCUCGUAUUAAAAUGUAAAAAUGUUUUUUCCUUUAAUAUUUUGACUAAACUCAAAGCUGGUUUUAAAUUUUUACAAGUAUUUCAACUUUCUUCUCAAAUUCAUAUUUCAUUUAUUUUCUAUGCCACUCAUCCUCACCCAGGUCGGGGGAGUAUGCUGGAACCCAUCCCAGCUGAGUCCGGGCAAGAGGCAGGGUAAAAUAUCUAAAAAUAUCUCUCAAAUAAUCUUCGUUAUAUACUGUAUUGACUUUAUUCCCAUAUAACUUUUUCCCCAACCUACUUUUCCAAAAAUGGCCACUUUAUUUUGUAUCUCAUAACAUUACGACUUUAAAAAAAAAAAAAAACCCAAGGUGUAAUAUUUCUGCUCUACCAAAAUGAAAUUUUUCCUUGUCGUAUUCAAUUUUUGUCUUGUAAAAUUGCGACUCUUUUCUCUUAUUAUUUUGACUUUAUUUCUUGUAAAAUUACAGCCCUUUUUUCAUUUCUGCUCUAUUUUAUUUUUUAAAUUGUCCAACUAUUUAAACUUUGUUAUAAUUCUCAUAUUUUUACUUUACCUACUUUAUUGCAACUUUUUCCGCAACCUAAUUUUCCAAAAAUCUCUUUGUUUUUCAUAUCCCGACUUAAAAAAAAAAAGUCUAUUUCAACUUCAUGCUACUAAAAUGUUUUCCCCUCAUACAACAUUACAUUACUCUUAUCCAUACAUGUAACUUUUUUUCUCUUAAUAUUUUAACUUCAUUCGUGUAGAACUGCAGAUUUUUCCAUCUUUGCUGUUUUUUUUAUGGUUUUGUAAAAUUACAUUUUGAGAACGUGCCACGGGCUAUUAAAAAAAAGCAUGGCUGCACUUGAGACACUCCUGGUGUAAAAACUUGGACAAGUUACCACAUGUUCAUCUUGUUCUGUACUUAAUGGAAUUUUGUGCAGAAAAAAACAAAACAAAAAAAAUUGCCCUUAAACCAUCCUCCCCCAAUCGGCUUGCCUUAAUUAACAGUACUGUUGUUUGUACAGUAACCCAAAUCUUUUAAUACGCAUGUCACUGAAGUCACACACGCUGCGUUUGUGUUGCACAACAAAGGCCACAAUUGUUGACAUGCAGUAUAGAAGAAUGCCCAAUGUGAACCCGCAUGACAAUCCCACAAUGGCUCGACCGGGGCGGCGUUCUUAAAAGCAAAGCUUUUACACAAUCACUGUUUGCCCUACAUGCACUUUCACACACAAACACUACCUUUACCCGCCAAGCCCACAUUCUGUGUGUGCGUGCGUCUGUGACCAAAUAAGACAUUGAUGAUUAAAAAAAAAAAAAAAAAUCUUUUGAAAACAAACAAAAAUAUCUGACCAGUGACUUCACAGUAAGUAAAGACUUAACGAUUGGAAAAUUCUUUAUUCCAGACCACAUCAUACUUGACAUAUUGCAAAGUUAAUCAUAGUUUGAGCCACAUCUUGAUGAAGGUUAUGUAAUCUGAUCAUACCUUCCUAAUUGCUGGGUUUCUUUCGGUGUUCAGAUGCGUGGAGGGCAAACAUUUCAAUAUGGCCACAUACAAACUCUUUGUACAAUGUUUGGCAGGUCAAAGCGAAGUACGGUGCAUGCCGAUUAAAUGAUUUGCUUCAACGAUGUAAGUGUGCGUGGUGUGUUGGAUAAAGGCAUGAAAUAGUUGAACAUGAGGCGGUCAAACAGCCUUGAAAUCUUAUCUUCCACGUCAGACACAAUGAACGCAGCAGAUAAAAACAGCGCUUGAAACAUGUCUGCUUUCUUCUGCGUGAAACAAAUUUUGAAUGCGUUUGUUUCUCUGCGGUAGCGUAUGAACCCAGUAGCCUGCAGUUGACACGGCCGGUCCAUAUUUGCUACUAGAUUGUAUGGCUCUUGGACUAUCUUUGCAAUAACGUAACAAAAUCCCAAUUUGUGUUAAGUAUGGGGCAUUUUCGCUCCGAUUUCAGUCGACAUCGAGCUACGAAUACGAGACAUAUGUGCAACCCAGCAAUUGGAAAUGCUAGAAUGAUGACAAAUAUAUCCAUAGGAUGAAUGCACGGUUCCCACAAACCCUAAGGAACUAAUGUCAGCACCACCUUGUCCAUUAUUGAAAAUUUAGGUCAUAUCUUGGAAGCAAGACUAUUUAAAAUGCAUCGUUAUUUCAUCCAAUCAUGUUUGAAUACAGCAACAUUACCAUAAAUGGAGAGAGCUCAAACGGACAGGACAGGCCAACGGUGGCGUUUUGAUGAGUCAUCAUUUAUCUUAUGCCAAGGCUGCGCUAUUAUGAAUGUCAGGUGAGGCUAAAUGAACUGGCGCCAUCAAAAUGGCAGUUUGCAUUCCUGUUAAAUGUAAUUAGGUUGAAACUUCCCUCAAGACCUCAUCCUGGAAUCACAGCUUUUUGGAUUUUUAAGUUGAGAUUGACUAUGCUAGUCGUAUUUGGCAAGAAUACUUAAUUCAAUAAACAAUUUUUCAUUAAAAAAAGGGGGUUUUAUGCUAUAUUCCCAUGGUCUGGCGUCUGCUGGUCUAAUAAGAAAGUGAGCUAAUUACCUGACAAUUACUUGCUAUUAUGUUAACAGGGCCCGCUAUUAAAAGUAACUGAGUCACAACGCCUUCUUUCAAAAUGUUAAUAGUUCACUUUUCAAAGGAGAACUGCAUAAAGUAAAGUUCAACAUCAUGUGAUUCUUUUAAAGCCUAUUUUUUAAAUGUCCAGACAUUCCAUCAGUUGAUUAUAAUGUUGAAGCUGCCAGGAUGCUUCAGAAUUGUGCAAAAUACAGUAAUUCCUCACCAUUUUGCGCUUCCAAUUUUCUCAUAGUAUUUCUAAAUAUAUUAGUAAAUCAUGGCGUUUCGUGGUUAAAUAGAGCAUAUUAUUAGUCAAAAAUGAGCAUAUUAUUAGUCAAAAAUAUGCGUAUUGAAGCAAAUUGUUUUUUUUGCUUGAAAAAGCAUAAAAAUGGUUCAGUGAAGUAAAAUACAAAUAUGGUAUUCAGAAGUCGCAGUCAAAGACGUGAUCACGAGGUGUCAGUAAUGUUAGUGUAAGACACUAGACUUGAUCGCCGCAACAGGCUUUUAUUGCAGGUUUGUAUGAUCUGACAACAGGCACGAUAAUCCCUAACGCGGGCUGCUGUUGCCAACGUAACCCACAGCAAGAUAAAACUCAACUCUGAACCCCCGAUAUCACUUCCUGUAUUACCCCCCUAGCACCGGAACACAUUUACAGCAACACACACGAGCACGUCUUCUGUCUUAUCUUCUCUUCAUGUGUACUAUAUUGACUUAUAUCAUGUCUAAUGUUAAAUACUGUAUUUAGAAAAAUAUUCUAUUUCUAAAUACGAAAUCGUACUUGGCGGAAAGUCACUUAACACAGUUGGGUCUCGAACCAAUUAACCGCAACGAGAGAUUACUGUAUUGAGUUUCCUCAAAAAUGUCACAAUUUUCACAAUUAAAAAAAAAAGAAAAAAAAAAAAAGCAUAUUUUGGCUACUUUUGUCAUUUCCAGUCAGAAUAUAUUUCACACAAAUACAGGUGGUCUUCGUGUUACAUACAAGCUUUGGUGCACGACGGCUCGUAUACCAAUUCUUAGGGGCUAUCCACACGGAAACGUAUUCAUGUCAAAACAGUAUUUUAUUGUUUCAGCCACUCAUCCAAAUGUCAAAACAGUAUUUUAUUGUUUCAGCCACUCAUCCACAUGGAAACUGUUCUGCGUGCCCUGAAACGGUAUUUUUUGAAAACGCCUUCCAAGGUGGGGAAAUCUGAAAAUGCCGGCUUAUCGUUUCCGUAUGGACUAGCAAUCUCAGUGUUUUUUUAAAACAAUAACGUCACCGACCCGUAACCAGAAUUGAACUUUGACAACAAGCAACAUAAUCUCAAUUUUUCGAGUGUCAUGACUCACCGCAGUCGACGUUCUCACAAUAUUUUGUCUUAUACUCCCAAAAUGACACAUGUAAUUCUAGACAAGCCUUGGAAAGUGGAAGAUGACUGACUUAUGCGCAUGCGUCCUUUCUUCUUCUAUGGUUUGGUGUGUUACGUGGUUCCGUUCGCGUGUAUGUUCACAGCUCCACACGUAGGUGCGCCUUUUGUAUUACAUUGUUUUCACUCAGUUAUCAGUUUCUGUCUGGAUGCAACCAUUUACUAAUCCAGCACAGUGUGGAUGUGACUAUUUUUUCCAUUCAUGGUCGCCAGCCAAUCGCGGGGCAGAUAUAGACAACUAUUCACAAUCAAAUUCAUACCUAUGGACAAUUUAGAGUCGCCAAUUAACCUAUCAUGCAUGUUUUUGGAAUGUGGGAGGAAACCCGAGUACCCGGAGAAAACCCACGCACUCACAGGAUGAACAUACAAACUCUACACAGAGAUGACCAACGGAGAUCUUCCCGAUCUCCUGACUGUUUCCAACAUGCUAACCGCUAGGCCACCGUGCGGACCGUGGCUUUUUUCAACUCGCCAAAAAAAAAAAAAAAAAAAAAAAAGUUGAGUAAUAAAACACUAAAUACAAGACCACUAUACUGAGUAGUUAUUACUGUCACUUCUUCCGAAGGUCAGCAACAUCAGCUAUGCAAUUUUGUGUGACAUGGGCCAAGAAGUUAUAGAUGUUCCAAGAAACAAACUGCAUCUCAGCUUUGUCAUAUGGGUGAAAAAGCAGAUUACUACAGUUAACUUCACUCUUAAACCAAUUUGGCUUUUUUUUUUUAAUGUUCCACCCAUUUCAACUGUCGUCUUUAAUAUUGGUAAAUUUUCUCCUAGUAAUAUGACUUUAUUCCCAUAUAACUUUAUAAUUUUCCCAUAUAAUUUUCCCCAACCUAAUUUUCCAAAAAUUACAACUUUUGUUUUUUUUAAUCCUCAUAUUACAUCUUUUUAGUAUUUCAACUCAGGGUUAGGCUACUAAAAAUUUAUUCCCCAUAAUAUUACGAGUUUAUUCUUGUUCCCCCCCCUUACAAUACGAUUUUUUUCUCUUAAUAAUUUGACUUUAUUCUCAUACAGCUUUUCUUUCCCUUUCAUUUUCCAACUAUUUCAUCAAGUGUCGUCUUGUACAUUUUUUUUCUCAUAAUUAUGACUUUAUUUUCAUAACAUAAUUGUUUCUCAUAGUAUUAUGGCUUUAAAAACUAACAUCUUUUUUCUUUAAUAUUUCAACUUUAUGCUACUAAAAUUGACUAAAAAAAAAAAAAUCAAAUCUUUCCCUUUUAUUACAUUAUUCUCUUAAAAUUACAACAUUUUUCGUUCGUUCAUUUUUAACAACUAAAAAUAGCAGAUUUUCCAUUUUUACAGUUUUUGCACGUCGUAAAAGGGCCUCGGGCCACGCUUUGGACACCCCAGGUCAAGGGCCUAACAGAUUAUGAAGACAAAGAAAAUAAUCAUUAUUUAACAGUAGGCAUGGGGCCAGUAUGAGAUUCUGAGGGUAUGAUAACCUUGGGCAAAAAUAUCACGGUUUCACAGUAGUAUAAUUACAGUUCUAAAAUGUGUUAUUUUGAAAUAUCUUGAUUGAAAAGAGGAAAAAAAAAACCUUCUGUUGAGAAGUAACUUUUAAAUAUAAUAGAACAUGACAGAAAUGAAACAUACGUAUUUAAAAUAAAACAAAAAACAAUUAUUUCUAAUUAAAUAAGAUGCAGUUCUUAAUGCAGUCUAUGGUGGCUAAUACUUUGCCCCACAUCACAAGAGCAAGUUUCUGGGUCAUGUGAUUGUUGUUAGCAACUGUUGCUCGCUCAGUGGCAAGUAAAGUUUAUACCACUUAUUCUCAGCUUCUGUCUGGUUCUUAAUCAUAUCUGCACAUUUGGUGACCUUCGACUUGAGUAAUAUGUUGACUGACAACAAUGACAACAGCACGGCAGUAUCGGUGGAAUGACAACACGUGCAUUCACCGAUUUCUGCCACCAAGCGCUACUGUGCAUGCAAAUACAAGUAAACAUGUAAAUGGGGGUAAAUCUUCUAAAUGUGCAUCCCAUUGAAAUAACCUUUCACACGAGUGAAUGUUUUCACUUAAUGACAUUAGUGUAUUUUGUCAUGUACUACACAUUUUAAGCUGCACAAUAUGUGUUUGUCAAUACGUGUUUACACUACAAGCGAUUACACAACAUUUGGGACAUUAAGUUAUGAUAUUCUCGUUAACAUGUCGAAAAUGUACGUAUGUACUUACACAUACGUUUGAUAGCUGCAAUGCCAUGUGAAAUGCACACUAAAUCCACAAACUCCAGAAUGCAAAACUCUACAAGUACACACGUCUUGUCACAUCGACGCUGACGAGGCAGCUGACGUCACUGCUAGCUAUGCCACGACGGUCAAGUUGCAGACUUUUGGAAACACGUCUCGUGCCCAUGGUUUCAGCACAUCGAAGCCCAGUUCCAACGAAGAGGAACAACACCUGGCAUGACAAGUAUUUCCACAGUGGCCGAGCUGGACCUCCACCUUCUCUCAUACAGUAGGAUGGCAUGAUGGACUAUUUUAGCAGUUUUGAUACCGUGGUAUACCUUGAAACCAGUAACCAUCCCAAGCCUAGUUAGUUGUGCGUGAGUGGCAUAGUCUAUUCUUACGCAUUAAUUAAUUCUCGAGCAAGUCUCUUUACAGACAACCAUAAAACAAAUCGGAACACAGUAACUCGAGGACCACCUGUAUCUGAGCAAUACCAGAAAGUCUGGCAUUUGUCACCCUGAGUUAAAAAGAGGUUGUACCUGUCACCAAAUGCAGUUAGAUGACAAGAUGUGCAGCCUUGGAUAACAUUUUUGGGAAAAAACAAAAAACAAAGUCUUACCCAUCCAGACCCUUCCAUGUUAUCGUGCCUUUACAGAUUUUCAGCAAGAUUGCCUCUUUCCACAUCUGCAAAUCAAGCAAAGUGGUUACUCUUACCUUCCCCCCCUUAAAAGCCAUACUCACUCCCUCCGCAAGACUCAAACCUAUUUGUUGGUACACUUCAAUAUGUCUGACUCAACAGGAUCAGGAACUAGCCUUUAGCUCACUAGCAGGCGCCACACUGCAAGCUUCCUCCAUGUUGGCGUUGUGCUCCACGCUGCCUCCAUCUCCCUUCUCUCUCUCUGACAAUGCUGACUGGUCCACUGUGCUGGUGCUGAAGGCGUGCUGUCUGACCGUCCUCACUAGCGAUGCUGCAGGUGCGUGUGGCUCCUAUAAUCCUACAUGGCUCAAUACGGGAGGGGAUGGAUGGCUACCCACAAUUCCCUUGUCCAUAGUAGCAUACAAAAAAAAGAGUACUCUCAUGACGCGCUGAUCCUCAUGUGCCUUUCUUACACAUUUUUAUUCAUUCUUUGUCUGCUGAGGAAAAUAUUGGAAAAAACUACAAUUCCCUACAUUCUAAUCCAAACUGUUUCUUUGAGGGACUUAUUUACUGUGCUUCACAUACAAAAUCAAAACAUUUGACUUAUUAGAGGGGUCUUCAAACAUGAUUCAACUGGGGGGCUGUUAAAAACUUAUCAACAGAAAUCCAAGCCAUAUAAAAGAAUGCAAAAUAAAAAGAAAGUUUAGAGAAAGAAAAGCAGAAAUUAUGCUUAACCCUCUGACACCACAGGCACAAUACGCCACAAUUCAGACGCACAAAAGGGAAAAGUUGCAUCGCAGGCAAACAUCUAUCACAAUAAGAUCGGGGGAGGGGAUCAUGUCAUAUUCAUAAUGUACAGUUCUUUGUCCGUAAACAUGUCCCAGUUAGCUGCAGUAAAGUCUGACUUGUGUGUCGCUCUAAUGCUUUCAGCCUCAACGUAACCUGCAGCUUUCCUGACAAUUCCUUUGCUCAUCCUAGAACUGAAGCCUGUUGAAUGGAUACAGGAUAGAACAAACAGUUAUUCUGCACUCACGCUGUACUAUAGCUACAAGGGUUGUUGCAAGAGCCAAUCACAACUUACCAAUAUAUUUAAUAGCGACGUGAGCCAUAUCCACCACCGCCGCCGCCAGAGCCGUAGCUGCCUGAGAAUAAAACACUUGACUAAGUUCCGACUUGAUUACGAGGUGAUGUUCGACACUCACCUCCAUACGGUCCACCUGAGUUUCUGCCCCCGAAAUUGUUUCCCUUCAUGGGCCCGUAGUUUGACUGAUGCCCACCUCCGUAGUUUCCAAAGUCAUUGUAAUUUCCACCCCCUCCGUAACCUGUCAUAAAACGGCACCAUUUCCCUUUAAGUCACUGAAACACAAACUUUCUGGUGACAAUUUAAGACUUUACCUCCGCUAUUUCCUCUGUACCCUCCAUCGCAGCUGCCACCAAAUCCACCGCCCUGAUUGCCGUACCCAGGACUUCCACCUCCAUAGUUGGAUCGACCGCCAUAACCUCCUGGUCCUCCACCAUAAUUUCCACUAGGACCUAAAACAGGACAUUCACCCAAAGCCUGUUCAGAGCAGAGUCUUCAUAUGUAUGCCUGAAUGUCUUAUGACUCACCAUCAAAAUCAUCAUAACCCCCUCGUCCUCCACCAUAGUUACCUGACAAGCCCAGAAGGAGAAAAUGCAUUAAGAAUAAAAACAUUAAAAAAAGAAGAAAAAAAAAAGGUAUGUUUAUGAUUAAAUAAGACUGUAGAGCUCAUCACAAUUAAAAUGUGUUAAAUUAAUCGAGACUCCAGUGCAGUAAACAUUAAUGGAUUAGCUAGGGCUGGGCGAUAUGAACCAAAACUCAUAUCCUGAUAUAUUUAGGUUGAAUAUUGAUAUACAUCCCGAUAUUUUUUUAAGCAAAGUGAGUUUACACAAAAUCAAUGUCAAAUAUGCAUGUCAAGUUGUUUUAUUAAAAUAAAUUAAAAUGAGGAUGUUUUUGAAAUGUUAAGCUUCAUGAAAGAUGCACAUAUAAAAAUCUUAUCUAAAAAUAGCCUCCAAUAUAAAUGUGUCAAACAUAGUAUUUUUUUUUUUUUUUUAAACAAACCUUUAGCUAUGCUCCUCAGCUAAUAACAAAAGAACUAAAUAUGAAGAAGUGCCUGGUUUAAGAGAAAAUUUUAAAAUGUCAGCAACUCAAAAAUACUUAAAAAUUGAACAGCAGUAUUUUUUUAGGUAAACUUUUAGGCACGUCCUUAUUUUGUGCCUGGAACACCAACCUGUCAAGUGCAAUCAGGCUUAGUAACUGUCUAACUUCCUUGUGCAUUUGUGGUAGAGCUAAUUGUGCUAAAUAAUGUUGACUGAAGCUUGCUGGACAUCACGAGUCCAUCGUUUUCAGCAGGUUUUUAAUAGCAGUUUUUUUCCACUGUUGCAACCGGGACCAUGUAUUAGAAAUGUGAUAGGACACCUCUUCAUAAUAGCACACCACUUUGCUUUUCCUUUCCUUUUCCUUGCAACAGGAGCAUGCCAGACAGCGUGCAGCUUCACACAUUCCUCGUAUUGGGAGUUUGUGCAAAUUUUUAAGGUGGUGAAAAAGAUUUUUUUUAAUGCUCUGAAUUCGAAGUGUUGUCACUGCAUAUUUUCCUCAAACUGACGUCCCUUCUGGUACAGGCACUGCUGACAACACGACGUAAUGGAAUCGCACGCAUCACCAAACAAUUCAAUUGAUAUUUGUGUGCGUUCACGUACGGUGACGGUGCUCAAUUUAGCGACUGUUGCAGAUCUCAUAGUGUAGACAUUGUCUUUUGGGAGUCCCCAUAACAAAAAGUCUAGUGGUCUGGUGAACGAGGAGGAUAUUCGAUGAAACCCCUCCCUCCAAUCCACCUGUUUGUCAAGACCUCAUCAAGGAAGGAUCUGACAUUGCAAUGCUAUCCUGGGGAUGACCCAUCUUACUGAAAAUAUAACUCAUCUUCAAACUCUUCUCAAAUACUUGACAUGACAGACUUUUGCAGCUAGUGUAUAAAUUUUUUUGGGACACCCUGUAUUUAUAGAGGUUAAGUGAGGUUAUACAAUCAAAACCAAAUAUGCGUCACAGGUUGUUUAAAUAAAUAAAUACUUCUCAUGAGGAUGCUUUUUGAAGUUUUAAAGCUUCAUGCAAGAUGCACAUUAAAAAAAUCUUAUCUAAAAAUAGCCACUAAAAUAAAGCAGGCCACUGUCUUCUGGAAAUAAAUAUAGAAAAAUUCAAAUAAAAUCUUUUUUUUUUUUUAAUUUUUAUAAAAACACACCUAUAGCUAUGCUCAAAUCCUCUGCUAAUAACAAAAGCACAAAAGAACAAAAUAUGAAGGAGUGCCUGGUUUAAGAGGAAAUUUUCAAAUGUCAGCAACUUAAAAAUACUUUAAAUUGAACAGUAAUAUUUUUGGAUAAACAUUUUUAGAAGACACAUGCGUGUCCUUAUAUUGUGCCAAGAACACCAACCUGUCAACUGCAUCAGGCUUAGCAAAUGUCUGACUUCCUUGUACAUUUGAGGUAGAGUAAAUAAUAGAGUAUAUAUCGAUAUUAGUAUCGAUGUAUUGCCCUGUUGGCCACACAGUCUGGAGAUCGGGAAGAUCUUGGUUUGAAUCUCCAUUGGGCAUUUGUUUAUGGAGUUUGCAUGUUCCCCCCCUGUGCGUGUGUGGGUUUUCUUCAGGUACUCCCGUUUCCUCCCACAUUCCAAAAACAUGCAUGUUAGCUUAAUUGGUGACUCUAAAUUGUCCAUAAGUAUCUAAAUUGUCCAUAAGUAUGAAAGUGAAUGUUUGGCUCUAUACAGUAUGUGCCCUGCGAUUGGCUGGCGACCGGUCCAGGGUGUACCCCGCCACUUGCCCAAAGUCAACUGGGAUAGGCUCCAACCUACACACGACCCUAGUGAGGAUAAGCGGCAUAGAAGAUGGAUGGAUGGAUUACCCAGCCCUAACCAUCAAAAUAAAUAAUGGCAGCACCAAGUCUGCUGAAAGCAGGUGUCCAACUACAGUGCACCGUGGCGGCUUCCUCUGCUGUAUACUCUGGUUCUCCUGACAUCCGAGAGAGCAUGGAGGAGUGUAGCGUGCAGAAGGUUACGCACUAUAGAGAAAAUGUAAUGCAUGCACACACAUAGAUCAAUUCCAUAUGUGAAAGUUGUAAAUAGUUCAUAUUGUCAUAUUUGUAAAUAAAUUGUUUUGAUGUAAAACAACCCCUAUUUUUGUGUUGUUUAUGUUGGUAUAGUUGUUUAGAUAUUUCAGUUGUGAAUAAGCAAAAAAUAUGUGUCAAAGUGAAAGUUGGUUUUCUCCCUUUUCUAGUCGGGAACUGAUAUUUUCCUGAAACUUACCUAUGCUCUACUGCUGAUUACUAAAGAACGGAAAAAAGGGAGAAAAACUUUUUUACUGAUUAAAGAAGGGAGUCUAAUCUUUCUUUUGGUGGGUUCCAUGUUUAUAUAGCCACAGAACACGAUAUUCUGUGUGCCUUGAAAGAUCAGUCAAAAUCGUCUAAAAUGGCCGGUACUAAGUGCUUGUCUUUUGAAAAAUGGCUGGGAUUGAAUGAGUUAAAGAAAAUAUGGCAUUAUAGUAUUUUACUACUAUUAUUAUUAAACAGUGGUUUAUUUAGUCUCAAAAAAAUGUAGACAUUAAUAUUGAUUAGUGUCAAUUUGUGGGACAAUAAUUUCAAAUGCACCGGCAUGAUUUUGUGACUGAUAAAAAGGUUUUUGUCCAGUCAGAUUUUAAACUCUCGUCUCAUUCUUGUGUACCCAAUCUUUUGUAUCGUCUCAUCUCAGGAGUUGGGUCUCACAACACCCAUUCGUUAGUAAAAUAUAGUAUUAUGUAUGUAUAUUAGUGUGUCAGCGUCCAUUUUAAUACCUGUAUAGUCCAUGUGGCAUAGUUACAUUGUGUUUUCACUGUGUUUUACUUGUGUUGCAGCAUGGGUGAGUGAGGUAUUUGAUUUGAUGUCUUCUUGAUUGUGUUUUGGGUGAUAUGGGGACGUGACAGAUUUCCUACCACUAAGUUGCCUAAUUAAGGAGGUUAUAGGCAGAAAAUGGUGGAUUUCCGCCAAGUAUUUUAAUCAAAUUGUCGAAUAUGCAGAGUCGCCCAAUUGUUUAACCUUAUAAAAAAGGUACAUCGGUGUCAUUGUAGCGGCAGGUUUUCUGCUACAUGUAAUUGAUCGUGGGGGCCCGGCACUACAAAAUAAAAGCCGCCACACGUUAAAAUUUUUUGGGGGUUUUUUUAACUUGAAGACAAUUUUAAGUAGUAUAUUGUAAGAUUGGAUAUACACUGCUCAAAAAAAAUUAGAGGAACACUUCAAAAACACAUCAGAUCUAAACUGGGGGAAAAAUGAUCUUGAAUCUCUUUCCUGAUAAUAAGUGGGUGAUGUAUUAGUAACAAAAUGAUGUCACAUAAUUUGAUAGAAAUGAAAUGGAUCACCCUCUAGAGGGGGGAAAUCAAAGACACCCCAAAAAUGAAAGUGAAAAAAUGAUGCGGCACACUG